AUAAAACGGUGUCAAGUCUGUCAGCCGGGGGUAACAAGACAGAUUGAUGCGCAGUUACCUGCAGAGACUGUAAUAUUGCCCAAACUUAACUGAGCCCCGGUGGCCGAGGUGCUUGGUUAGUUUAAGGGCAAGUUCGCCCGGGGAAUUGUUCAGAGUGAAUGAUGGCUUCCCCCCAUCACAGCACCACCUCGAGCGCAUUGCCACAGAAGCCCAAGUUCAAACGAGUGCUAUGGUGCAAACAGCCCUAUCCAGAUAACUACCAAGACCUCACCUUCCUCAACCAUCUCCAACGCAAUCGAACCGCCCAUAGGACAAUCGAUGGCUAUCCUACCCUCGUCAUCUGCGCCUUGCCACUAUGUGCACAUCUCUCAUCGGUCAUGAUCUUCGUGGGCUUGUUCGUCUAUCUGUACAAGGGAUAUAUCCUUGCUCAAGAGUUGAUUUGGUAUACUAUCUCGUUGGGCUUGGUUGGCUACCUCGUUUGGGAACGCUCGAAAUCUGAUCGAAGAUUAGCUAGACCGACGGUGUUACGAUCGACAGGCAUCCUGAUCUUCUUACUGCUGUUGAUCUCGCCAGUGUUGAAGACGUUAACGCUCUCGACGGACUCGGAUUCGAUCUGGGCGCUGUCGUCGGUCCUAUUUACGAUCAACAUUCUUUUGGCCGACUAUCGGGACGGGCGAGAGAGUCUGAUCGAAGGCAGUUUGGACGUCAGCUUCCCAUCCGCUCUGUCCAUCAAUGCUGCAAUCUCAGCUUCCGUCGUCCUGGGCUCCCGGUUACCUUCAAAUGCAGAUGUCUUUGCACUGGUCUUAUUUGCGGUCGAAUGGUUUGCCCUAUUUCCAUUGAUGCGACGAGACGUCAUGAGAAAAUAUCCGGAUAGCUUGUUCAGGCCGGUCGUCUUGAACAUCUCCUUGGCGUGUUUGGCCUUCUUGAUCUGCUCGACAUUAUCGAUCAGCGUCGGCUUGAUUUACUUGAUGGCCGUUCCCUUGGGAACUGCGUUCAUCUUACCUGGGAUUUAUGUCUGGCUACAGCGUUAUAAAAAGGACUUGGGCGGCCCUUGGGAUUGUGCGGUUCCUAGACUCUCCUGAUGUAGAUCAAUCUAUUUGUUUCAUUGACUUGAGGCUUUUGGUUGACAUCUAGAAUCUCGGCCAGGCUCUUUAUAUACACUUUUACCAAUGUACAGUAGAAAAAUCAAAUAUCGCAAGUAACCCCUGUACUUUUGCGUC